AUGCUCCGCCAAGGACUGCGGCUCUAUGGGAAGUGGUGCCGUUUUUCUCGCCCCAUUACUCAGCUGCUUACCUUAACUGUGGUGACGUUUGGCGUGUUGGCUCCCUUGAUUUGCCACCGGCUCCUCCACUCCUAUUUUUACUUACGCCACUGGCAUCUGAACCCCAUGAGCCAGGAGUUCCUGGAGCAGAACCAGGAGGAUGGCCAGGCCGCCCUCCGUUACUUCGAGGACCUGCGGACUCCUAACUCCUCGGAGAUCUCAGGCGACAAGGCCCUCAGACCGUGGCUGCUCAUCACUAUCAUCACCGUGCAGAGGCGGAACGAGUUCCACUACGUCCUGCAGGUGGCUUCCCGCUUCCACCGCCUCCUCCAGCAGUGUGGCCCUCACUGCCGGAGCCACCAGAUCUUUCUCUGUAACGUGGAGCAGGAGCCAGGCAGCCACCAGGAUGCCAGGCUGUUGGGUACCUUCUUUGCAAUGGUCAGCCGUUACAAAAACUGGGAGGACCCCAAUGCCUCAGUGAACCAGUUUGAGAAGGAGAAGCGGGACUAUGCCUUCUGCCUGGAGCAGUCGCUGUUGGCCUACAGUCCAGAGUACGUCCUUCUGGUGGAAGACGAUGCUGUUCCCGAAGAGGAGAUAUUCCCUGUCCUUCAGCACCUGCUGUUGGCACGGCUCUCAAAGCCACACCUCAAAGAUGCCCUCUACCUGAAGCUGUACCAUCCCGAGCGGCUUCAGCGCUAUAUCAACCCGGAGCCCAUGAGGAUCCUGGAGUGGCUCGGCCUGGGCAUGUUUCUGGGCCCUCUGCUGAGCUCUGUGUACUCCUGGGUGUCUGGCCGCCCAAGCCUUACCUGGCCCAUUGUCCUGUUUUUUGCCUUGUACAGCAUGGCACUCGCAGAGCUGGUGGGGCGCCACUACCUGCUGGAGCUGCGCCGGCUGGCUCCAGCACUCUACAACGUGGUGCCAGCCACUGAGUGCUGCACACCUGCCAUGCUGUUCUCCGCCCCUUCCGCCCGCCGUGUCUUGGGUUACCUUCAGGAGCUGCACUGCCGUCGGGGCUUUGCCAAGGACAUUGCACUCUACUUGCUGUUGCGCACCAAGGGUGAGAAGGCCUAUGUGGUGGAGCCCAAUCUCAUCAUGCACGUGGGGAUGUUUUCCAGCCUCAGGCCAAAUGACAGCCCUAAGCUACUGUGAUCCACCGAGAAAUGCCCUUAUGGAAAGGCUGGGAGGAGCCAAGGGAGCCUUGUCUGUGGACAGACAUAGCAGGUGUGACUUCAGAUAGCAUGCCAGUUGCAACUGUGCUCAGAACUACCGGCGCCACCUAGUGGAGGGAAAGGAACUUU